UAUGUCAGAUUACCUAAAAGCUUUUCCUGCAAAGUUCGCACGCCAUCUGCUGAUCAAGAAAGUACCACGAACAUCAAGACAUAUCCACUUCUAGAUCAAACAGUCAGGGAAGGCAUUAUUUAAGUCCUCCGGCUAGCAGAGAAAGAUUCAUCACAGAGGGAAAACUUAGACGCAUCGGAACAUGAAGAUGAAAACUCUUAUAAUUUACGUUUUGGCCACACUUUUGACAACAGAAAUGAUACAAUUCCCGAACACAGCACAUGCUGCCCCGAGUCAACGAAAUUUCAAGAGCGAAGAUGAGAUAAUAGAAGGUGACAUAUUAGUGACCGAACCUCUCAGACGUGUUAUGAAUGCGGGCAACUCAAGGACCAGACGUGACAUUGUUAGCAACAAGAUCAAAAGAUGGCCGGAUGGCGUAGUGCCAUACAAAUUAGAUUCUAGCCUAAGUAAAGAAGCUAUCAAGGCAAUUAAGGUAGCUAUACGCGAGUUCCACAGAAGGACUUGUGUAAAAUUCGUCCUUCACACCAACGAACAGGACUAUCUGGAAUUCCAAGGAAGUUACGGCUGCUUCUCAGCCAUUGGCCGUCAGGGUGGAAAGCAGCGACUCUCUGUCGGUGAAGGAUGCGAAUAUAAGGGAACAGUCCUGCACGAGAUCAUGCAUGCUCUGGGAUUCUUUCACGAACACUCUCGCACUGACAGGGACGACUAUAUCAUGGUUCUAUGGUGGAACAUUGAGCCAGGAUUCGAAAAGAAUUUCGAAAGUUACGGUCCUGAACGACUCGACAGUGUCGGAGAACCGUACGACUUCGACAGUCUUAUGCACUACGACAACCAAGCUUUCAGCAAAAACGGCCAAAACACACUGGAGUCUUUAGCGGAUCCUACCAGAUCCUUGGGGAAUAUGGAUGAUUUUAGCAAAAUUGACAUAAAACAGCUGUUAAAGAGUUACCCCUGCAAGGCUGGGGAUAAGAAACCAAAAGACAAGAAGAAGGAGAGAUCACCAGAGAGUAAAUGCCUUGAUGUCUAUCAAAACAGAUGUAAAUAUUUCGCAUCUUACGAUGGAUAUUGCCAACAUUGGAAGUCGUUCAUGAAAAAGUGGUGUCCCUAUUCCUGUGGCUUCUGUAAAACAGAGUCGCCUGAUAAAAGGCUGAAUAUAUGGAAAGGAGAAAAUGACACAAAGUGAAAGGCUCACUGGUUAGAGUGCAUUUCCAUUAGGUGUCGUGAAACCAACUCAAAGUGAUCACCUCAGUCGAACAGAAAAAAGAAACUACCACAAGGGGCCCUGGAGAACGCAAAGGAAAAACAAAAAAAAAUGCCUGACGCGCGGGAAACGCGAGAGACGCAAGCGCGAUUAGUUUUGGUUUUGCGUCUGAUUGGUCGAGAGGUUGGCGCGAGUUUCCUGGCCCAAUCACAGAAUGUCUGAAACGUCAUCAGCACUGUAUAUCUAGCAAAAAUUAUACUCGAGAAAAUAAGAACCAACCAUACCAGCAGAGUUUUAG